AUGGCAUCCAAAUCUCAAGCCCAGUUCCAUUUCCCAGCGCUGCCAAAUGUGCCUGCGCAGCCGCAAGCACGCACUCUGCGACGCUUCCAAUCGCAUCAGAAUUUGUCAACAAAGCCUCCGCCAGUAUCGACUCCAGCCCGGCAGCUUCCCCGCCGCGACCCGAUAAGCGUUCGCGACAAAACUGACCCCGACAGCAGCAGCCAGAUCCAUACGCCGGCACCGUCCACUCCUUCACACGGCCGUCACCGCUCAAAUAGUGAUGUUACGAGCCCCACGGCAAUUCGGUCUCUGGCUUCGAAACCCCGGCCGUCAAGCAGGAAAUCUGGUUCAAUGGGAUUUCCUGGGAGAAGAUCUGGACUUGAGUUGUUGCUGAGGGACGGCCCUCCGUCGAGCGACCUUGCAGCUGGACUAGGGGAACUGAGAUACCUUAUACUAUCCAAUAGGGUUGAUGCGGAUGGCGAUGGCAUGUCUCCCCUUCGAAUAUACGUAUGGCUAACUCUCCUCAACAUUCCUCCGCUUCCCACCGAUGAAUACCUUUCCCUCGUUCACCGCGGUCGAUCCCCCGCAUACGCCAAAAUUCGCAAUGACACCUUUCGUACACUUGCUACGGACCCAUUAUUUAAAAGACGCGUUACAGAGGCUAGUCUGAUAAGACUUCUGAACGCUGUAGCGUGGAAGAUCAACGACUCCAAAAAAGGCGCGAGCAAAUCGCGAUCUUCUACCCCUUCCCAUAAUGCUCGACAUUCGAGCAAAUUAUCCACGAACACCCUCCCGUCACCGAUUUCGGAGGAUGGGCCCUCUCCCCAGCCACCCCAACAAGCGAGCACAUCUGACCCAGCCAUAUAUGUGCAAGGCAUGAAUGUGCUCUGCGCACCUUUCCUCUAUGCCUCUCGAAGUGAAGUUGAAGCCUUCGCGCUCUUCCACCACUUCAUCACCCGCGAAUGCCCAGGCUACGUUCGCGGCGCUAUGGAUGGUGUGCACAAGGGCGUAAAGCUCGUAGACAAGUGUCUCGAGAUAGUCGAACCAAAAUUAGCAACGCACCUCUUUAGCAAGGGCAUGUAUGCUGAACUAUAUGCCUUCCCAUCCGUGCUGACACUAUGCGCCUGCACGCCCCCGCUCCCAGAAGUCUUGCAUCUGUGGGACUUUCUCUUUGCGUAUGGGCCACAUUUAAACAUCUUAUGUAUUGUGGCUCAGCUGAUUAGAAUGCGAGACACGUUAUUAGCCACCACCAGUCCCAAUAAAUUACUUAGAUCCUUUCCUGCGCUUGAUGCGAAGGAAGUCAUUGGGCUUGCUGUUCUUAUCGUGAAGAAGAUUCCUGGCGAUUUAUAUGAAGAGCUUGUUCAACAUGCCAGGUAG